CCAAAAAAAAAAUUGUUAAUGCUAAAACAUAAUUAGGGAGCAUUUGCUAAUUAAAAUUACUCAUUUCUCAUUUCACAAUUUCUUUGUUUGAAUCCAAUCACAAAAGCAGACUUCAACUCCAAUGGGCGCCUGAAAAUCCCUCCGAGAAAUGAGGCCGCCCAUUCGAGCACGAAUCCCCUUCUCCAGACCGCCCCCCGCCGCCGCCCCCCCCAACCGCCGCUGCCCAAAAGAUGAUGACGAAAAUUUCAUAGCAAUGCUAAACGACGUCGCACGGAGCAAGCAGAGCUGGACAAUUGCCCUCGACAACCCCACCAUUUCCGCCCGCCUCACCCCCCUCCACAUCGAGGGUUUCAUCCUCCACAACCUCCACGACUCGAGGUUAGCUCUCCGCUUCUUCAAUUUCCUCGGCCUCCACAAAAAAUUCCGACACUCGACGGCGUCGUUUUGCUUGCUGGUCCACUCCUUAGUCCAGUCCAGGCUCUACUGGCCGGCGUCGUCCCUCUUACAAACCCUACUGGAUAGGGAACGGAACCACCAAAGUGCCGUUGUGUUUCGGAAUCUGUUUGAUUGCUAUAAAAGAUUCGAUUUUUAUUCGGCCUACGCUUUCGAUUUACUGAUUCAGAGCUAUGUCCACAGUCGAAAGGUUCUCGAUUCGGUUGUUGUUGUGAAGUCAAUGAAGGAAUGUGGUUUGUUUCCCGAAGUGCGGACUGUGAGCGCGGUCUUGAAUGGGUUGAUCCGAAUAAGGAGAUCCGAUAUGGUGCUCGUCUUGUUCGACGAGAUGUUUGUGGGCUACGACGAGCUAAGACCGGAUGUUUAUGUGUACACUGCUGUGAUUAGGAGCUUGUGUGAAUUGAAAGAUUACGAUAGAGCAAAGGAAGUCAUUACCUCGGUUGAGAAUAGUGGAGAUUGCAAAUUGAAUGUGGUUGCGUAUAAUGUGUUGAUUCAUGGGCUGUGUAAGAGUGGGAGAGUGUGGGAGGCCGUUGAGAUCAAGAAAACAUUAGGGUUUAAGUCUUUGAGAGCUGAUGUCGUCACAUAUUGCACUUUGGUCCUCGGUUUGUGUAGAGUGGACGAGUUUGGACUUGCACGGGACUUGGUGAAUGAGAUGGUGGAUUAUGGGAUUGUUCCGAGUGAAGAGGCUUUAUCGAGUGUUGUAGAUGGAAUUAGAAAGAAAGGGGAGGUUAGUGAGGCUUAUGAUUUAAUUGAUAAAGUCGGGAAACUUGGGGCAAUGCCGAAUGUUUAUGUUUGUAAUGCUAUGAUUCACUCCUUGUGUAAAGAUGGCAAGUUAGAAGAAGCGGAUUUGCUUUUCUUGAAGAUGGGAAAAAAGGGGUUGCUCGUCCCCGAUGAGGGAAGAUUGAACGAAGCAUUAAGCGCUCGUAAAGAGAUGGAGGAAAGAGGUAUCUGCAUGGAUCUUAUAUGCUACGCUAUAAUUAUCCAAGCAAUUCUCGACAAAAAGGACACAAAAUUAUUGCUCGAUAUCCUAAAGGAGAUUCAUGACUUAGGAAUGAGGCCCGAUAAUGUUGUAUAUACUAGCAUCAUCGACAAAUACGGAAGAGAUGGAAAUCUUGAAAUGGCAAAUGCUCAUUGGGAACUUAUGGUAGACGAAGGGUUCCCCCCGAAUGUAGUGACAUACACUGCGAUGAUUAAUAAUUUAUGCAAAGCUGGAUUCGUUGACAAGGCGGAGAGUUUGUGCAAAGAAAUGAUUUUUCGUGGGAUAAACCCUAAUCGAAUAACUUACGGAUGCUUUCUUGAUCAACUUACUCGAGAAGGGAACAUGGGAGAGGCUAUAAAGCUGCAUAAGGAAAUGCUUGAAGCGUUUCUUGCAAACACAAUCACGUACAAUAUGAUCAUUCGGGGGUAUUGCAAAUUGGGCUUAAUUGACGAAGCUUUUAAGACCUUAGUUGAAAUGUCGGAUAACGGUGUAGCACCGGAUUGUAUAAGUUAUUCGGUUAUUAUGUACGAGAAUUGUAGAAGGGGUGAUUUGGGAGGAGCUUUGAGGUUAUGGGAAUCGAUGCUGGAACGAGAUAUUAAUCCCGACGGAAUUGCGUAUAAUUUUCUGAUAAAUGCAUGCUGUGCAGCUGGAGAGUUUGGCAAGGCUUUUGAGUUACAGUGUGAUAUGGUGAAGAGAGGUUUAAGGUUAACUAGGGCAACAUAUGAUUAUCUUAUGAAAUGCAGACCAGAGAAUAAGAUAAGAUAA